AUGGAGCUUGGCAGUGGAUCCAACAAAAUGGAGGUCCAAAACAAGAAGAGAAAAUCCAGAAGCAAUAAUAAAUUGGAGUUUCUUGGAUGGGGUUCAAAGCCAUUGAUAGAAUUUCUCAAUUCAAUUGGCAUAAAAUCCAAGCAGUAUUCUCAAGAAGAUGUUGAGGCCAUAGUGAAAAAGUAUGUGACUUCUAACGACCUCAUGGAUCCAAGAAAGAAGAGAAAAAUUCUCUGUGAUGAAAAACUCGAGAAGCUGUUUAAGAAGAAAACAGUUUCAAGAAGUAGUGUUUAUCAUUUGCUGGAGGUGCACUUCAGAGAGAACCAUGAUGAUGAUGAUGUUGUUGAGGCUCAAGUUAUUCCAAAAAGCUGUUUUGCAGCAAUAAAUGCACAGAAUAUUAAACUCAUAUUCUUGAGGUUGGGAUUUGUUAAGGGCCUUUUGAAAGAAAACCCAGAAACCUUUGAAGAUAACAUGGUGGGUAGUAUAGUUAGAAUCUCUAAACUGGAUUCUAACACAAUGAAACGUUCAUUCCAUCUUCACCAAGUAACAGGUGUAAGCCAAUCUUCAGGAGAACCGUACCUUCGGCUCUCGAAUGUGGAAGCAGAAGUUCAAAUCUCUGAGCUAUCAGAUAGAUACUUCACAGAGGAAGAAUUAGAGGAGUUUCAUAAACAAAUGAAAGCUAGCCGGCACAAAAGGCUUACUGUUGAGGAGUUUGAAUCCAAAGCCCAAUCUCUGCACAGAUUUCUUACUAAGAAUUGGAUUGAUAGAGAAUUGGAGUCGUUAAAACAACGCAUUGAUCUUGCAAAUGAAAAGGGACGGAGGGCAGAAUAUCCUUUAUAUUUACUUUACUGA